UUCUCCCCUCUCUUCCUUCCAUGAUUUGUAUCUUCUCAUUAAAUUAAUCCAAUCCUCUUCCCACCACCACCUCCUCACAUCUUUUCCCUUCUCUAGUCCACCCCUAAACCCUAACCAUAUAAAAAAAAAUUGAGAAAGACAACGGCCUUUUUUGCCUUUAGCUUUAAGAGAUCCUAGAUCUCGAUAUCUGAGAUUGUCUCUUUUAAUUUGAGGGUUAUUUGGAUAUAUAAUAUGAUUUAAGAAUGUGCCACUAGUUUAGUUUAUUGUUUGAUUGGAAUUCUUUUAGCUGAUAGCAGCUUCUUCUGCUGGGCUGCUUCUGAUCUUGUCUUCAGAUGGAGGCAAAUGGGUAUUUUGGCUUUUGGGAAGAUGGAGAGGAUUGAAGGGGAAGCAUGAUUGUGUUUCAAGUUGCCUGAGUAGGCGUUGUAAGAAAUGGCUAUGCUUUGAGCAGAGUAAAAUGAAACUAGGUAUCCUGAUAACUGCUCUUCUAUGUUUCAUGGUGCGCUUCUCUUGCCCAGACAAUUGAAUUCAACACCAAUUUGUUGAAGGCUGAAGUCAGAUUGAGUCUUCACAAUUCCCAUUCUGAGGGAAUAGUCUCAUGAGAACAAGGCUGUAUGGGAAGGAGAAGAUGAUGUUAUGUCAUCUAUACAGAAAAAAGGUUGCGAAUACAUAGAUCCAUCAAAGCAAAGUUAUAUGGGCAUUAAAGAGUCCUUUAAUGGAAAGAAGAACAAUGAUAGAUGUACGGAAGCUCCAUUUACCAUUCCUCCAGAUGAAAUUAAUUUGGGUGAAAAUGAGACCGAGUUUUGCACUGACAAAACUGUUACUGAAAUUCAGCCACCGGAGAUAAUAUAUAAAGAUGGUGCCUGUCACAAUAUAAAGGACAUAUGUGUUGAUGAAGGGAUAUGUUCCCUUGAGAAGAUUUUGGUAGAAAAUGAUGAGUCAAGCCAGAGGUUUCCUUCUAGUUUUGACGAUACUGUUGAAAGUGGAAAUGAUGCUUUGAGCAAAGAAAUGGCAGAUGGUAGUACGACCUCUGUGCAUGAUUCGAGAUCUACAUCAUAUGAGCAUCUUAUUUCUGUUGAAAAGAAUGCAAUGGAACAUUUUUCUGGGAGUUUAUCCAAAGUUGGUGCCAAUUUUGAUACAACUAAUCCAUUCAUAAGUGAUAUAUCUGACGAGAAUAUCAGUUUAAAACAAUGCUUUCCUCUGUAUGAGUUUGAAACAGACUCUCAGCAAGUGAAGCCGACCAAUUUCGACUGCGGCAAUGAUCAUAAACAUUAUUCUGAGAGUUUAUCUAAAGUUGGAGGCAAGUUUCGUGCAACUAAUCCAUUCCUGACAGAUAUAUCUGAUGAGACAAUCAGUUUUAAACAAUUCCUCUCUCUGCAAGAGCUUGAAACUGAUUCCCUUCAAGCGGAGCCUACCAACUUCGACUGCAGCAAUGAACAAUUGGCUGAUCAUCAAAAAUUUUAUCAGGGUACAUUGGAAGAGGAGUACUCUACAAUGUCAGCUGUGCCAGCUGAUGCCAGACAAUCCACCCAAAGCAAUGGGUCUAAGGAAAAUGCUUCUAUUUCUCUUGCACAGGGCACAUUGGAAGAUGGUUACUUGACAGCCGCAUCUUCUUUAUCUGAUGUUGGGGAGUCCGAGCAGAGCAGUGGGAUCAAGGAAAGUCCUGCUAAGUCUUCGUCAGAGGAUACAUUGGAAGAGGGGUGCUCAGUAACCACAUCUGCUUUAUAUGACGUCAGUAAGUCUGACGAAAGUAGUGGGAUCAAGGAAAAACCUGAUGAGGGUUUAUCACAGGGUCUGUUAAAAGAUGUUUGCUCUCAAGAUAUGGCCUUGCCAUCUGAUAUUAAAGAGUCCAAUGAAAGCAGUAGGACCAUGGGAAACCCUGCUAAUGCUGAGCUGGAAAGUGGAGUCUCUGGAUUAGCAUCCAUAGGUGGCCAGGAGAGCAAAGAGAAAAUAGAUAGGCAACGAGAUGGACAGGCUAAAAAUGAUCCGGUAACCGAAGAGGCUGUUUCUGAUAAUGCUACAACUUCAGCUCGAAGUUCACUUGUUCAUAAUUAUCAUCUAGAUGCAGACUUCUCGGAACCAGUUUACAUGUCAGGCCCAAUUGCAUCCUCAGGGCAUAUACCAUAUUCUGGUAGCAUUUCUCUUCGGUCCGAUAGUAGCACAACCAGCACUCGUUCCUUUGCAUUUCCCAUACUACAGUCAGAGUGGAACAGCAGCCCAGUCAAAAUGGCAAAAGCAGAUCGCAGGCAUUUAAGGAAGCAUAGGGGUUGGUGGUUGGGACUUCUUUGCUGUAGAUUCUAGAUUUACAGCGAUCCCUUAUUCCAUUAUACAUCAUCUUGAUUUUGUAACAUGAUGUUUAAUCCCUUGAAGUUCUUUUUCCCCUUUUCCUGUUUAUAUUCUGCUUUAUUUAUUCUACAGCAGGCUAAGCAGGUUGUGGCAUGGGAUAAUGGUUUGUAUGGUGCAAUCAGAGAUGUGGGUGGUAUCUUGUUUUUUACUAUAAGAUAUUUGAAUGGUUCUGCAUGUACAUCUCUUCAUCAAACAAAAAAGUGUAUCUGUGGUUUGAUAGAAGAGCUCUACUUUCUUGGCUUUUCCCUGGAUCAAGGUUUUUUUGCUGUCUUAAGUCUAGUUGGAUGGGGGGACCACGGGAUGGUCAUAAUACAUAUGUUCAUGUCUUGGUGAGAGUUGUGAAUUAUAAAGCCGUUGGUAGUGUCUUCUUGCUACUA